AUGGCGCACGGGCAGGAGUCUUCGACGGAGGCCGCCGCCGGUGGGGGCUCGCCGCUCUGCGCGAACGGCUGCGGGUUCUACGGGAGCGCGGCGACCAAGAGCAUGUGCUCAAAGUGCUACCGCGACCACCUCAAGGCCGGAGAUGUGGCUGCCCCCGCCGUCGAGGGGAAGCUCACGUUUGACGACCUCAUCCUCGCCUUCAAGAAGUCGGUGAACCUGCAGGACUCUACCGCGGCACCGGCCGCGGAGGCGGCAGCGAAGAAGUCGGUGCCAAACAGGUGCAUGGCGUGCAAGAAGAAGGUCGGGCUGCUGGGAUUCGCGUGCCGCUGCGGUGGCACCUUCUGCUCGCUGCACCGCUACGUGGACGGGCACGCAUGCAGUUUCGACUACAAGAAGGUCGGCCGGGAGCAGAUCGCGCAGCAGAACCCUCUCGUCGCGCCGUCCAAGCUCCACAACAAGUUUUGA